GAGCGGUGGAGACACUGACGAGGUACGCGCAAGAACGGGUGCAAAGUGCCGAAAACGUUCAAAAGGAGCGUCGGAAGAAUCCAUCUACGACUGGCUACGCGAAAACCCCGUAUCGCCGUUGACAAACAUUGUGCGCACCCCAAGUGGCUGGCAGACCCGGUGUUUCGGUUCAUUCGCCUGGACGACAAGCGCCUCCAACGAGCUAUCCAGGUGUUUAAUGACGAAAUGUGCUCGUACACCACCUUGGACUUUAUUGAAAUGUACCAGCACACCCAGCCUCUCUUUGAUGCCCCACACGGUGACCUCGCUACCUUUUACAUGGAUGUGCCCGCGUCAUUUGAUGCCAUGAUGGAACUAUUAAACUUUCAGUUUAAUGGCAUCCACGAGGAAGUGUCGGCCUUUGUAAACAACCUAUAUAGCCUGGUCGAGAAGGCGGUCCCCAAGAAAAACUGUAUGGAGAUUGUGUCCCCUCCGAGUGCAGGAAAAAACUUUUUUUUUGACCCCGUUCUUUCCUUUUACAUUAACCGCGGUACGAUCCGCAACUUUAACCGCUACACUAGCUUUCCACUUCAGGACACCGUGGGCCGUCGCAUCCUGGUGUGGAACGAGCCAAACUGUGAGUCGGCUGCUUUUGAUACUGUUAAAAAAAUUUUUGGCGGUGACGUAGAUUCGGUGGCGGUCAAGUACUCGGCUGAUCAGACCAUUUCCAGGACGCCCGUCAUUGUGCUCUCAAACAACGAGGUGUUUCCAGAUGACGAGGCCUUCAACCACCGCAUGUGGCGCUACAAGUGGCGAGCGUGUCCUCCACUAAAGAAAUACGACAAGAAGAUCCACCCGAUGGCCCUGGUCCUCCUGUUUGAUGCUUUUGUACUCGAAGAAACAUAAGUCGGCACGCGCCAGCUUGAUCAAUAAACAGCUUU